AAUUGGAUCAGUCUUUUAAAAGUGAAUAAAUUCUAAUCAGAUCUCAUAAAAUCUUAAAGAAUGGACAAUCAACAAUAUCGAGAAAAAGGAAAAGAAUUGAUAGACUUCAUAGGCGAUUAUCUCAGGGAUAUAAGGCAACAACGUGUAUAUCCUAAUGUGAGUCCUGGUUAUAUGAGAAAACUAUUACCGGAUAGUGCACCUAUAGAAUCUGACACAUGGGAUGAUAUAAUGCUAGACGUCAAAAACAUUAUAUUGCCAGGGGUGACGCAUUGGCAAAGUCCUUAUAUGCACGCCUAUUUUCCAGCUCUGAAUUCGUACCCUUCGCUUUUAGGGGAUAUGAUUGCAGACGCUAUAAAUUGUUUGGGCUUUACCUGGGCUUCAAGCCCUGCUUGUACAGAAUUGGAAACAAUAGUAAUGGAUUGGUUAGGAAAAAUGAUUGAUUUGCCAUCCGAUUUUCUCCAUUCUAAUACAGAUACUUCAGGAGGAGGUGUAAUCCAAACCACUGCUAGUGAAAGUACUUUUGUAUCUAUUUUGGCAGCCAGGACUGAGGCUAUCAGAAAAGUUCAAGAGGUUUUUCCCGAUAAGGAGGAUUCGGAGGUUAAUGGGCGACUUAUAGCCUACUGUUCAGAUCAAGCCCAUUCCUCGAUAGAAAAAGCUGGGCUAAUCGGACUAGUUAGAAUGAGAUAUUUAGCUUCGGAUGAUGAUUUGUCUUUAAGAGGCCAAACUUUGGCAAAUGCUAUUGUGGAAGAUCGCAAAGCUGGAUAUAUACCCUUUUAUUUAUGUGCCACCUUAGGAACCACUGGUGCCUGCGCUUUCGAUAAUUUAGCUGAACUUGGACCCAUUUGUAAUGAAGAAGAAAUAUAUCUUCAUAUAGAUGCAGCCUAUGCUGGAUCAGCUUUUGUGUGUCCUGAAUUCAGGGGAUGGUUAAAAGGAGUAAUAUAUGCCCAAUCAUUUUCUUUUAAUCCCUCUAAAUGGUUGAUGGUACAUUUCGAUUGCACUGCUAUGUGGAUUAAAGACAGUACUCUAUUGCAUCGUACUUUCAAUGUCGAUCCCUUAUAUUUGCAGCACGAAAAUUCAGGUGAAGCGAUUGAUUAUAUGCAUUGGCAAAUAGGUCUUAGCAGAAGAUUCAGGGCAUUAAAAUUAUGGUGUGUGCUUAGGUCAUUUGGUGUCUCUGGAAUUCAAAAACAUAUUAGACGAGGUGUGGAGCUGGCUAAAUUAAUGGAAUCAUUGGUUAUAUCGAAUCCUAAUUUCCAAAUUCCUGCCAAAAGACAUUUAGGAAUGAUUGUAUUUCGAUUGAAAGGCGAAAAUGAAUUGACCGAAACGCUUUUAAAAUCUCUAAACUAUUCGGGACAAAUACAUAUGGUACCAGCAUCACUCAAAGGAACAUACAUAAUAAGAUUUACUGUAACUUCCCAAUAUACUACUGAAGAAGAUAUUAGGAGAGAUUGGAAUAUAAUUGCGAUAGCAGCGCGGGAGGUAGUCUUGAAAUUGGGAGGCCUGUGGAUAGAAGAGAUCGAAGACGAAGUCGAAGUUGAUAUAAGCGAGGAUGAAUCAGGCAUAGGGGAUGACAUAAAUAAAGAUGCUUCGAUGGAUAAAACAUCGUUGGAGACCAUAGAAUCAGAAGCGCAGGAUAAAGGACAAUAUUCUUCAUCUCCUUCCUCCUCUUUUUCCGCUCAAAAAGACAUCAUUAUAACGAAACCUUUUGACAAAAAAUUAAGUUAUAUUAAAGAUGAUUCCUUGGAAACCGUCAUGGAUUUGGGAAAAAGGGCGAAAAAGAAAAAAAUGAUCCCUCGCAAACAAAUGAGUGUCAUUUUUGAUCCUAGAGCUUCUGCAAAAAGACGAGCAACGGCAGCUAGUUACCUUUUAGAAGAAAACGAAACAUUCGAUGGUAAAAAAGAAAAGCUGAAUAGGAUAAAUAUAAAUGAUAGACGAGGUAGCAAUUUUGGUGUUAGUUUGCUGCUAAGUAACACCCCUCACUCUCCCCAAUUUAUAAAUGGUAGUUAUGCAGCAAUAUUCGAAAAUCCAAAGGUGGUCAAUGAUAUAGCUAGUCAUUUGAGACGAUUGCAAAGUGAAUACUCGCCUUGGAGACAGGGUCCUCCACCUACAAAGGUUUCACUGAUAACUAACUCUGUCGAGGAAAUGAACAUAUGCGGAAAUGAUAAUGAAACGAAUAAGGUUUAUGAAAAUAAAUCUGAAUAUGAAGAGACAAAAAAAGUUGAGGGAGAUAUAUUAUAUAAAAGGAUAUCAAUAAAACCAGAUUCAAGUGGCAUAUUUAAAAAAGCAAUCGCUAAUUUAUUUGAUGAAGAUAAAAGACAAGACAGUUCGUUGACUACAAAGCAGAAAAGAUUUAAAAACAGACAAUUAUCACUAGAUUCUAGAUUAAAUUUUUAUUCCAGGGCCAUAAACGAUAUUUCGGCAGCAGCCGAUGCCGUAAAAAUGGAGCAAAAUGAAAGCAAAAAGUUCCAAAUGAAACAAGAAAAAUUAUUCUUGAAUAAAACUCCGGAAGAGUCUGAAGAAGUUGAGACGGAUAAUAUGGUAGAGAUGGAAAACGAUAAAGUAAAUUUAUCAAGCAGUAUUUUAGCUCUUGAUAGAAAGGAUAUAAUGAAAGGCCAAAAAAUGGCCUCAGAAAUUGUACCAUUUGAUACUAGAUCUAGCCUCAUUAAAAGUGAUAGUAUCAGUAAUAUAGGCAGAGAUUCAAACGCAUCCAUAAGAAGGAGACGUAGAAUAAUCGAUAUUCCUUUCAUUGUACCUCCGAUAUCCUCCGGUGGUGUCAAAAAUUUUAGAAAAGACAGAAAUUUGGUCACACAAGAAUCUCUAUAUAUUGAUGAUGACUCACUCACAGGUCGCAACGAAGUGGGAAUACAAGUUGAAGAAAAUAUGCUUCCAUUCGAAGACCAGCCCUACUCGUCGCAUUUCAUAACAUCGCCAUUUUUCAUGGGCAAAUUAGACGAAUUACAGAUAAGCGAUCAAAUUGAGAACCCGAACGAUAAAACAAGUGAGGCCAAUAUCUCAUGGGUAAAGAUCAAGCAAAAUGUUAUUCCAUAUGACAACAUGGAGGACGAUAAAAUUAGCGAUAACACCAUAGGUGAUUGCAUAUCCAAAACAAUCGAAGAUAAUAACAUUGUUCAUGCCAUGACUAAUAACUUGUUGAAUAAAGAGAAUGAAGCUUACGGAAACCAAAACAUGAACAAUAAUAACAACGCAAGAUUGUGUGACUUGAAUAAAACUAAUAAUCGAAUCUCUAUCAAUAGCAAAUCAAUGUCCAUGCACGUUUACGAUACUCAAGAUGACGCACCUUAUAUUUCUAAAGAUAUGUUUUUGUUAGGUAAAUCUAUUCAAAUAUCUGAUGUUAAGGGUAAUGCACUUCAAUCAAACUAUGAGACAAGCUUUAAAAAAAGCAAAAAAUUGACAAGCAGACCAAUAAUUCUUCAAAACAUUUUUAGUAAAUUAAUGGGAUUUAUAUCGCUAGAUAGCAUUUUCAAACAGAAUAUUAUCAAAUCUGAUGCGGAAAUUUCACCAAAGAACGAUUCUCAUUCAAAGAAUAAGAUUAAACAUACUAUAAAUUGUGCAAAUAAGCCAUUUUUAAACACUUACCUAAAUAAAAAUAGUGAAAAUCAAUUAGUUUAUAUAAGAAAUUAUGAUGAUAAGGUAUUAGAACCUCUUCCAUGCACAUCAUUUUAUUCCAACAAGUCAAAUACUUGCAAAUAUAUUUCGAACACAUGCAAUAUCAAAUGUAUCAGUUGUGGGCAGAAAAAUCGUUAUAAGCUUAGAUUUUAUUUUGGAAAAAUAAAUAAAAAUUUCAAAGCAUCGGCAUUAUCAAUUUAA